AUGCCGCUCAGCAUAUGCAGUGUCUGGAGCGAUGAACGGUACGCGGGGAACAAGAGCCGUUUUAAAAUCAUGUCUCGGUCAUUAGCCGAAGAAGAUUCUUUCGAUGUGAGCAAAUUGAGGAAAGGAGUACGAAGCGGGGUUUUAUUUUCUAUAAUGAACCUGGCUAAAGGCGCGCUCGGCGGAGGCGUGCUUGCCGGUCACGUGGCGUACAUGACGGCCGGCUACUUACCCGCACUCAUCCUCAAUAUGAUCUACGGGGUCUACAUGUGCUUCAACUUUUAUAUUUUAGUGUUGUCCGCACAAAGGCUGUGUCGCCGAUGCCACGUGCCUUCUAUGACGUAUCCAGAUGUCGGCGAGGCUGCGUUCGCUCUGUACCCCAAUCCCAAGGUUGCAAGAUGGUCGACUUGCUACAGAAAAUGGAUCGAUGUCAUAACAUGUUUGAACCUGUUCGGGUCCUGUGCCGCGUACCAGCUGAUGGUGGCUAAAACUAUCAAACAAUUGGCAGAAGACACCCAGGAGAGCAUUAUAGAGGGGUUGUUUCCAGGGUUACCAAAUUUGCGAGCUUAUAUUGCUUUUAUGAUCGUUCCAUUUAUCAUCAUCUGUCUGAUUACUGAAAUUAAAUACUUGGCGCCAUUUUCGAUUGUUGCAAAUGUUGUAAUAGCGGUAGCCAUUAUCAUGACCAUCAACUACGCAGUAAAAAACAACCCGGGCUUCGAGAAUAUGGUGGUGGCGAAUAGCUUCAUGGACAUUAUCAAAUACACCGGCAUGGCAGUUUUCAGUAUGUCGUGCGCGGGAGUCGUUAUACCGGUGGAGAACAACAUGAAAGAUCCCAAGAAGUUUCCUCUUGUGUUAGGUAUCGGCUACAUUUUUAUCAUUGGCUCUGUGUUCUCGGCUUCAUUUUUCGGAUAUGUUGCGUUUUUGGACAAGUGUGAGUCGCCGAUAACGAUGAAUUUCCCUUUGAAAGUGGGUCCAAAAGUCCUUAAAGGUUUCAUAGCCGUCAUGAUUUACGUGACCCACGCGGUCAAUUUCUUCAUGCCGUUCAACUGUGUGUACUACUACCUGAAGCCUAAGUUUAAGCCAGAGAAUCAGUUCAAAAUGGAGCUUCUGUUCAGGGCGAUUAUAGUGGUAGUUAUCUCGUUGGUCGCCAUUGCGUUUCCUAGUGUUGAUGCCUUGAUGGGAUUUCUCGGCUGUUUCUGCCUCUCCAACAUGGCUUUCAUCUGUCCAAACACAAUCUACGUAUUGGUACACUACGACCGACCAGGUAAGAACAAGAAGUGGAUGAUUUGGCGCGCCGUUCUCCUCUCGCUGUUCGGAGUAUUCAUCCUCUUCUGCGGCUCCUUCGUCAGCGGCAAGGACCUCGUGUUUGCGCUGUUUAAGAAGAAGGCAACCACCACGACAGAAGCUCCUGCAUAG